UGCUUGCUCUGAUUGACCUGCAGAUGGUUCAGGAAAUCCAGUAUUAGAGCACCCCCUUUAGUUUGGAAUAAUUUAAGAACAAGCAUGACUAAAUCGCUUUGUGUACUGCACCUUUAAAAAUAGAAUGGAAGGCGGCAGACAUAAAACCUGUUUCCAUGGUGAGGAAGAGCUUAAAAUCCUCCCCUAAGGAGAUGCUGAAGUUCCAAGUCUUAAUGGACGCCAUCCCCACGCAGUAAAAUCUGCUCAGUUGUUUCUUGACAUACAAUUUUCAAGAUCAGAAGAUUAUGUCCCAAGCUCCCUUGUUAUACUGCCCUUGUUGGGAUCCUUGGAAAGCAAGGGGUAAAAAACUUAUAAAAACUAAAGCAGGCUCACUGAAUCAGAAGUCCAAAAAAACAUCACCAGGAGGGAUCCUCAAAGACCAGUCCAAAGUCCAGUUAAAUCCUUCAAAUACUUCUAGAGUGAAAUUUUCCACCAAAACCUAUGUGCAACCAUUAAGAAGCAGGGAGCCUCAAGAUAUAUCCAAAGUGUUUGAAGAAGAGAUCACGCCUGGUUUUACCUUGUCUCACAGUAAGGAACAUAUUGAUGUCACAUUGGGUGAAGAAUUCUUUGAGAAACAAAAGCCUACAGAAGAAGCCAUAAAAACUACUGUGCCUGGCACUCCACCAAAGCUCGAAACGGAAGAUGUUGUUGCUGAUUUAGUGGAACAGAUUUCUGAGCUGACAGCUAUUAUAGAGCAAUUGCGCCGAGAUCAUCAAGUGACACAUAAACAGAUGGAGAAAGAUAUGGAAGAAAAAUGCAAUGAGAUGCAAGAGGAACAUGAUAAUAAAAUGAGGGAGAUUCAAGGAUUUCACAUAAUACAAGUGAAUAACCUGGAAGAGCAGUAUAAGAAAGAGUUGCGGAAUGAGAGGGCAACUGCGCAAGAAAAAUUGGCUACAAUGCAGAAGGAAUACAAAUACCUGAAGAAUGCAUUUCGUAUGUACCAGGAUAGCAUUUCUGAUGAAAUGGAAGAAAAAUGGCUGAGAAGACAGGCCGAAUGGAAAAAAAGUGAGCGGACUGAACGAGAAAAGGCAUUAUUACAACAAAAGCAAUCUUUAACAAAGAGAUUUGAGAUGGAAUUAGAGGAGCAGAAGAAGAUUAUUCAGAAUAACAGUUUUUUGCUAGGUAGAGUUUAUGAACAAGAGAGAGAAGAAUUUGAGAAGCAGAAACAAACUGCCUUGGAAAAUAUAGAAGCGUUAAAUGCCAAAAUCAAGACAUUGGAGAAUGAAAUGAAUGAGAAGAAUGAAACUCUUCAUGCUAUUGCUUCAUCUCUUCACAAAGCAGAGUUGGAACUUCAGAAGGAGAAAGUCAAAAUGGCAGACAUGGAGAAAACUAUCCAACAAAAAGCAGCAGCUGUUGAAGAGAAAUAUCGAAUUAAUAUAGCUUCUUUGACAGAAGAAAACAACACUUUGAGGUGGGGGAAAAAAUCUAGUAAAAUCCAAAACAUUUGCUUUUUUUUCUCCUUCAGGCGCAAGCUUAUUGAGAAGAAUGAAGAGAUAUUUACUGAACGUGCCCAAAAAAGUAGUAUUUUUGGAAUGUUUGAUUAGAACUAUGCAUGAAGAAUUGGUUUAUGGGAGAUUGGGUGAAGCUAUUUCUUCAGAACAUUAGGCUGAAGCUGGAACACCAGAAGUGUCAAAAGAUUACUUAUAUAUAUGUAUCAUUAUGUUUUUCACUUUAUUUAUAUCAGCUGUUGUCUAAUA